AUGGAAACUGUGGACAUUCAAGCUGUGGAGUCGAAACUGAGCGACGUCACAGUAACUGCCAUUCCGAUGACUCCAAAGGUCACCCAACAACCAGGACAGUCAAAAUAUGCUCAGCUCCUUGGCGUUAUAGAAGAAAUGGGGAGAGAAGUGCGUCCCACGUACGCUGGAAGUAGAAGUUCGGCCGAACGUUUAAAGCGAGGUAUUGUUCACGCAAGGAUAUUAGUUAGAGAGUGUUUAAUAGAAACCGAAAGAAGUGCACGACAGUAA